UCCUCUCUUUCUUUUUCCCAUUUUUAUCAAUUUACCAAAUCUAAAUUCUAAUUCUAAUAAGAUAAAAAAGAAAGAAAGUUAAAAGCACUGCAAAACACAAACACACGUCCUUACUCUAUAAAUAAAUUCAUCAUUUCCAUCUCUUCAACAAGGAAUCUCAACCAAACAGAACCUAGCUGCAGGUUCUUACGGGCGGCGCUCUUUCCCUCUGAAAAGUGAAAACCGUUUUCUCUGCUUUUUUUCGCCAAACAGAUCUUCGCGCCAACGACACAGAACAACACAAACACAUCGCUUCUUCCCUUUUUCUUUUUCUCUAAUUUCUGUUUCUAUUUCGGCGUCGUUCUGUCUCAGACGCAAAACACGCACGGCCUGGGUUUGAUUGAUUUGCGGUUGAAAAACCUAGAUCUAACGUGAAACAAAAUUUGAAAAAAAAAAUUAAAAUCUAUAACAGAAAACACAUCGUUUUUUCUCUCGGAAAAAUUUUCCGUGUACGGAAAAUCUGAACGAAACGAUGUCGUCUUCUUCACUUUCGUUCGCAGCGGCUCCGGCUUGGUCUGCGUGCACUCUACCGUCGAAUAUCGCAAGCAGCAGGACGCAGCUCAAUGUGCGAACUGUGGCGAAGGCGAAACCGAAGAGCUUCUUCGGUACUCGUUUGCGUUCGAGCUGCAGGUCACUCGGUUCGGAGCGGCUGCACGUGUGGCGGUCGCAGGGGCCAGGGAGGUCGCCGGAGCUGAGGGUGGUGGUCCGGUCGGCAUUGUCUGCUGUACCGGAGAAGCCGAUGGGGCUUUACGAUCCAGCUAUGGAUAAGGACUCAUGCGGAGUGGGGUUCGUAGCGGAGCUGUCCGGCGAGGGCAACCGUAAAACGGUGACAGAUGCUUUGGAGAUGUUGGUGCGCAUGACGCACAGGGGAGCUUGCGGGUGCGAAGCAAACACUGGAGACGGAGCCGGGAUUCUUGUGGCUCUACCUCACCAAUUUUACACGGAGGUCGUGGAUUUUGAGCUUCCACCUCCUGGAAAAUAUGCAGUUGGCAUGUUUUUCUUGCCCACCUCCGACAGUCGUAGGGAAGAGAGCAAAAAUGUAUUUAGAAAGGUUGCCGAAUCACUGGGCCACUCUGUUCUUGGCUGGCGUUCUGUGCCCACUGAUAAUACAGGAUUGGGCAAAUCGGCCCUGCAGACCGAACCAGUGAUUGAACAAGUGUUUCUUACGCCAAGCACCAAAUCAAAACUUGAUUUGGAAAGACAGAUGUACAUAUUAAGGAAGCUUUCAGAUGCCGCUAUAACAUCAGCUUUAGAUCUCCAUAGUGAUGGCAUUGCUGAUUUUUAUACAUGUUCACUUUCAUCAAGGACUGUUGUUUAUAAAGGUCAGUUAACACCAGCUCAGUUGAAGGGUUACUACUUUGCAGACCUUGGCAAUGAAAGGUUUACGAGCUACAUGGCCCUGAUACAUUCACGAUUCUCAACUAAUACUUUUCCUAGUUGGGAUCGUGCUCAACCAAUGCGAGUUUUGGGCCACAAUGGAGAAAUCAACACACUUAGAGGCAAUGUUAACUGGAUGAAGGCACGUGAGGGCCUACUAAAGUGCAAGGAGCUUGGUCUAUCCGAGAAUGAGUUAAAGAAGCUUUUGCCCAUUGUGAAUACAACUUCAUCUGAUUCAGGUGCUUUUGAUGGCGUGCUCGAGUUUUUGGUUCAGUCUGGAAAAAGUCUUCCUGAAGCUGUCAUGAUGAUGAUCCCUGAAGCAUGGCAAAAUGACAAGAACAUGGAUCCCCAGCGGAAAGCAUUUUACGAGUAUUUCUCGGCUCUCAUGGAGCCAUGGGAUGGGCCUGCUCUUAUAUCAUUUACUGAUGGUCACUAUCUUGGAGCAACAUUGGAUAGGAAUGGUCUGCGGCCAGGCCGCUUUUAUGUCACUCACAGUGGACGAGUUAUAAUGGCAAGUGAAGUUGGGGUUGUAGACAUUCCUCCUGAAGACGUUUGUAGGAAAGGAAGACUAAAUCCUGGCAUGAUGCUUCUAGUAGAUUUUGAGAAGCAUGCUGUUGUGAAUGAUGAUGCCUUGAAGGAACAGUACUCUUUGUCACGGCCUUAUGGGGAGUGGCUCAAAAAUCAGAAGAUUCAGCUCCAAGACAUAGUUGACUCUGUUCAUGAAUCUGAAAGAGUGCCUCCAAGCAUAGCCGGGGUGAUUCCAGCAUCUGGGGAUGAUGGAGAUAUGGAAAAUAUGGGAAUUCAUGGUUUGCUGACUCCAUUGAAAGCUUUUGGAUAUACAGUUGAAUCCUUGGAGAUGUUAUUACUUCCCAUGGCAAAGGAUGGUACAGAAGCCCUUGGUUCAAUGGGAAAUGAUACUCCACUAGCUGUCAUGUCUAACCGGGAGAAGCUUACUUUUGAGUACUUCAAGCAAAUGUUUGCCCAAGUGACAAACCCACCUAUUGAUCCUAUUCGUGAGAAAAUAGUCACUUCCAUGGAAUGUAUGGUUGGUCCAGAAGGGGACCUGACAGAAAUUACUGAGGAACAAUGCCACCGUCUUUCACUUAAAGGCCCUCUUUUAUCCAUUGAACAAAUGGAAGCCAUUAAAAAGAUGAAUUAUAGGGGAUGGCGGAGCAAAGUGAUAGACAUCACAUACUCAAAGGAUCGUGGUAAGAAAGGGUUGGACGAAGCUUUGGACAGGAUAUGUGCAGAAGCACAUGAUGCAAUUAAUGCUGGCUACACCACCCUUGUGCUGUCUGAUAGAGCCUUCUCAAGGAAACGGGUUUCUGUUAGCUCCCUCUUGGCCGUUGGUGCUGUCCAUCAACAUCUAGUUAAAACACUUGAGCGCACUAGAGUUGCCUUGAUGGUUGAAUCUGCUGAACCACGUGAAGUGCAUCACUUCUGCACGCUUGUUGGUUUUGGUGCUGAUGCUAUAUGCCCAUAUUUGGCUAUAGAGACAAUCUGGCGACUGCAAGUUGAUGGAAAGAUCCCACCAAAAGCUGGUGGGGAAUUCUACUCAAAAGGUGAAUUGGUCAAGAAGUACUUCAAAGCAAGCAACUAUGGAAUGAUGAAGGUCCUUGCGAAGAUGGGAAUAUCUACUUUGGCCUCUUACAAAGGUGCUCAGAUUUUUGAAGCUCUGGGUCUUUCCUCAGAAGUAAUUGAAAGGUGCUUUGCCGGAACCCCAAGCCGAGUUGAGGGGGCAACAUUUGAGAUGCUUGCUCGCGAUGCUCUUAAAUUGCAUGAAUUGGCAUUUCCUCCUCGUGUUUUCUCUCCUGGGAGUGCUGAAGCUGUUGCUUUGCCAAAUCCUGGCGAUUACCACUGGAGAAAAGGUGGUGAAAUUCACUUAAAUGAUCCACUUGCUAUAGCAAAGCUUCAAGAGGCUGCCAGAACUAACAGUGUAGAUGCAUAUAAACAGUACUCCAAGAUCAUUCAUGAGUUAAAUAAGGCUUGCAACUUGCGAGGAAUACUGAAAUUUAAAGAGGCAGCAGUGAAGAUUUCACUUGAUGAAGUUGAACCUGCUAGUGAGAUAGUUAAACGAUUUUGCACUGGGGCCAUGAGUUAUGGGUCAAUCUCAUUGGAGGCGCACACAACAUUGGCAACUGCUAUGAAUAAGAUUGGAGGGAAAUCCAACACAGGCGAGGGUGGUGAGCAACCAUCACGCAUGGAGCCUCUUCCUGAUGGCUCAAUGAACCCAAAAAGAAGUGCUAUCAAGCAGGUUGCUAGUGGGAGAUUUGGUGUUUCAAGUUACUAUCUUACAAAUGCUGAUGAAUUGCAGAUAAAGAUGGCCCAGGGAGCUAAACCAGGAGAGGGAGGUGAACUUCCUGGCCACAAGGUUGUAGGAGACAUUGCUGUCACCAGGAAUUCAACUCCUGGGGUAGGACUUAUCAGCCCACCUCCUCAUCACGAUAUUUAUUCCAUUGAAGAUCUUGCCCAAUUAAUUCAUGAUCUAAAGAAUGCCAACCCGGCUGCUCGAAUUAGUGUCAAGUUGGUAUCAGAAGCUGGAGUAGGCAUAAUUGCUAGUGGAGUUGUUAAAGGGCAUGCUGACCAUGUCUUGAUCUCCGGCCAUGAUGGAGGGACAGGGGCAUCCAGGUGGACUGGCAUAAAGAAUGCUGGGCUCCCUUGGGAACUUGGCUUGGCCGAGACCCACCAAACUUUGGUAGCUAAUGACCUCCGUGGUCGCACAACUCUCCAAACUGAUGGGCAACUCAAAACAGGAAGAGAUGUGGCCAUAGCUGCUCUCCUUGGUGCAGAAGAGUUUGGUUUCAGUACAGCUCCACUCAUUACUCUCGGUUGCAUUAUGAUGCGGAAGUGCCACAAGAAUACCUGUCCUGUUGGCAUUGCUACCCAAGAUCCAGUACUCAGAGAAAAGUUUGCUGGAGAACCUGAGCAUGUCAUCAACUUCUUCUUCAUGGUUGCUGAAGAGAUGAGAGAAAUUAUGGCCCAGCUUGGGUUUAGGACUGUCAAUGAGAUGGUUGGCCGUUCAGACAUGCUUGAAGUUGAUAAAGAAGUCACUAAGACCAGUGAGAAAUUGCAGAACAUUGAUCUCUCUCUAUUGCUUAGACCUGCAGCUGAACUGCGGCCAGAAGCUGCUCAAUACUGUGUGCAAAAACAAGAUCAUGGUUUGGACAUGGCUUUGGAUAAUAAGCUCAUUGGUUUGUCCCAUGCUGCUUUGGAGAAGGGUCUCCCAGUAUACAUUGAAAGUCCAAUUUAUAAUGUGAACCGUGCUGUGGGAACUAUGCUUAGCCAUGAGGUGACCAAAAGGUACCUCUUAGAUGGUCUUCCAAAUGACACCAUUCAUAUCAGAUUUACAGGAAGCGCAGGCCAGAGCUUUGGUGCAUUCCUUUGUCCUGGUAUCACUCUGGAACUUGAAGGCGAUAGCAAUGAUUAUGUUGGUAAAGGGUUGUCUGGCGGCAAGAUUGUAGUAUAUCCUCCAAAGAAGAGUACCUUUGACCCAAAGACUAAUAUUGUAAUUGGUAAUGUGGCACUCUAUGGAGCUACACGUGGUGAGGCAUAUUUCAAUGGGAUGGCCGCAGAAAGAUUCUGUGUGCGUAAUUCUGGGGCUAAGGCGGUAGUUGAAGGCGUUGGAGAUCAUGGAUGCGAGUAUAUGACUGGUGGGAUAGUAGUUGUCCUUGGAAACACUGGUCGAAAUUUUGCGGCAGGAAUGAGUGGUGGAAUUGCUUACGUUCUUGAUAUGGAUGGAAAAUUCCAAUCUCGAUGCAACCAGGAACUUGUAGAUUUGGACAAGGUUGAGGAGGAGGAGGAUAUUAUUACUCUUAGAAUGUUGAUACAACAACAUCAGCGUCACACAGAUAGCGUGCUUGCCAAAGAAGUGCUUUCUGACUUUGAAAAUCUUCUUCCAAAAUUUAUCAAGGUGUUCCCCAGGGAGUACAAACGUGUUUUGGCUGGUAUGAAGUCAAAGGAAGCCUCCAAAAACGCAUCUUCGCCUGCUGCAAUUGCAGAAGAGGGGUCAGAUGAAGCAGAACUGAAUGAGAAAGAUGCUUUUGAAGAGCUUAAGAAAAUGGCUGCUGCAUCUUCAAAUGGGAAGCCAAGUCAGAAGGUUGAACAGGCUGAAUCAUCCAAGAGACCAAGUAGAGUCACUGAUGCAGUUAAACAUAGAGGUUUUGUUGCUUAUGAGCGUGAAGGUGUUCAGUAUAGGGAUCCUAAUGUUCGGAUGAACGAUUGGAAGGAAGUAAUGGAGGAGUCGAAGCCUGGCCCACUUCUGAAAACCCAGUCAGCCCGUUGCAUGGACUGUGGUACUCCUUUCUGUCAUCAGGAAAAUUCUGGAUGUCCUCUUGGAAAUAAAAUACCAGAGUUUAAUGAGUUAGUAUACCAAAAUAGGUGGCGCGAGGCAUUGGAAAGGCUUCUUGAGACAAAUAACUUCCCCGAGUUCACUGGUCGGGUGUGCCCAGCACCCUGUGAAGGUUCUUGUGUCCUUGGCAUUAUUGAGAAUCCAGUGUCUAUUAAAAGCAUUGAAUGUGCUAUCAUAGACAAGGGAUUUGAGGAGGGUUGGAUGGUGCCACGGCCUCCCCCCAAAAGAACUGGGAGAAGAGUUGCCAUUGUUGGAAGCGGACCAGCUGGGUUGGCAGCUGCUGAUCAACUGAAUAAAAUGGGACACACAGUAACUGUGUAUGAGAGAGCCGACAGGAUUGGAGGGCUUAUGAUGUAUGGGGUUCCCAACAUGAAAACAGACAAAGUGGAUAUAGUUCAACGACGGGUCAACCUUAUGGCAGAGGAGGGAGUCAAUUUUAUGGUGAAUGCUAAUGUUGGACAUGAUCCUAUGUACUCUCUUGGUCGGCUUCAAGAGGAAAAUGAUGCUAUUGUGUUAGCUGUCGGAGCUACGAAACCAAGGGAUCUUCCUGUUCCUGGGCGGGAGUUGUCAGGAGUUCAUUUUGCCAUGGAGUUUCUUCAUGCAAACACUAAAAGCUUGCUUGACAGCAAUCUACAAGAUGGUAACUACAUUUCUGCAAAGGGCAAAAAAGUUGUGGUCAUUGGUGGGGGUGAUACGGGCACAGAUUGCAUAGGCACAUCCAUUCGUCAUGGGUGUAGUAGCAUAGUAAACCUUGAACUUCUCCCACAGCCACCCGAAACUAGGGCACCAGGCAACCCUUGGCCACAGUGGCCUCGCGUAUUCCGUAUAGAUUACGGGCACCAAGAAGCUGCAGCUAAAUUUGGCAAAGAUCCAAGAUCUUAUGAGGUAUUGACUAAGCGGUUUGUGGGAGAUGAGAAUGGAGUUUUGAAGGGACUUGAAGUCAUACGAGUCCGCUGGGAGAAGGAUGAGACAGGGAAGUUUCAGUUUAAGGAAAUUGAGGGCAGUGAGGAAAUCAUUGAGGCUGAUCUAGUGUUACUUGCCAUGGGAUUCCUUGGCCCUGAAUCUACAAUUGCAGAGAAAUUGGGUAUGGAGCGAGACAACAGGUCAAACUUCAAGGCAGAUUAUGGUCGCUUCUCAACCAGUGUGAAAGGUGUCUUUGCAGCUGGCGAUUGUCGCCGUGGCCAGUCCCUCGUGGUAUGGGCAAUUUCGGAGGGACGCCAAGCUGCUUCACAAGUUGAUAGGUACCUCACGAAAGAAGACACAGAGUACAACAUUGCUCAUACCAAGAGGCAGCAGCAAGACCUCGCCAAGAGACAACAGGGCGGUAGCAAGUACACAGUGAUGACUUAAAAGAACUCUCAUCUGUGAUUUUUUUCCCCUUUCGUUUCAUACAGUAGCAGACUAGCAGACAGAGAAUAAGAAUAAGAUGGUUCCAAGAUUGAGCAGGGUGUUCUUUUUGUUUUACCAUAGGCAUUAUUAUUAUUGGUUAGUAGUAGUUGACGCACACCAAUAAGGAGAAAAAUUAGGAAGCUAGGAUUGUAGUAUAAUCAGAGCAAGAGGUUUGUCUUGCUGUUUGGUCGCUCAAGGGUACAAGGUGAUUUCAUUCAAAUCUUGUUCAUAGUUUUGAUGUGUUUGGAAAGGCAAGCUGUUAGCUAAUUAUUAUUAUUAUUAUUGUAUUGUGUGAAAUGAAAUGUACAGUUUGGAAAUUUAUUAUUGAUUUUAGAUUUGAUGUUUCCUUUA